AAGAUAAAAAGCCAAAACAGUGAACAAAAAUCCCUCUUGUGAUGUACAAACUGGUGACCAAUGUCUUUACUCCUGUUUUGGUGCAAAUGUGCUAAUCUCUUCUUACUUCUAUGAUUUUAAGCUACAUUUUACUAAAGGAAGUGAGAGGUGGUGGGGGGAGCAUUAUUCAAAUGCAGAAGUGAAACAGGGCAUGAAAGCUGCACCCUUACAUCUGCAACGUAACACCGCCAUUAGCAUCUGAGAAAAGCGUCCAAAAUAAGCCGAAAGGACGGAGCAGAGGAGAGGAGCUUCCCAGAGUCAUGUUGGCCGAAGGUUUCCUCAGAUUAAUGUGCUAUAGGGAGAAGAGAAAGUUGGCCACAGCUUCCAAAAGGAGAGGAUGUCAGGCGAGCGCUCAAUGUGCCGACCCGCUCAGCUGUUCUGUCUCUGAUCCAAACUUUGCCAGCGCCCAGACGUUUCCAGCCGAAGCAGAUCCAAACCCGGACCAGCUGGACCCCAACCAGCCCCAGCGGCUGAGAGCGGCGCCUCAUGUUCCGGGCCUCCUUAUUCCUGGGUGUUCACCUGCAGCCGCCCUGCCACCCAUCUGCAUCGAAGACUGCAGCCUGUUGGACCAGUAUCCUGACCUGCAGGUGGCCGACUCAGGCCGGAUCUCGCACAACCUGCCCAGGGCCAUGGCGUACCAAGAGGAUUUUGACUUUCAGCCCAAUGUCUCUGAGGUGUGCCCUCAGGCAGAACUCAAACAGGAGUCCAUCCCAGACCAGGGAUACCUGGUGAUGGGAGCGAGUGAAAACAUCAGCCUGGAUCUGCCCGGACCGGGCUUGGAGCCCAUGUCCAACUCGGUUUUGAAUGGGCUGCUGGAGAAACAGCUGGAGGAGGUUUACAUGCAACAUCUGACCGACAACUUGGCUCGAUGCGACUCCCACUUUGGACAAAGCCUUCUGCACGGCCUGGUGCCGCCGCCGCAGCCUGGCUGCCGCUCACAUGGCUCCUACUCUCUGGAGGCCAGUCUGGUGGAGGGAUCCGGGGGUGACAGCGGUAAUAAAAUGAGUUAUCUGAGCACCCAGAACGUAGCUCCCUGCUCAUCCAACUUCAGCUCUCCCAUGUUGAGGAUUUCAGAGGUGGACAAUCCUCAGCUUCAAGGGAAUAUCCUGCCAAAGUAAAGCAAAAAAAUAAAAAAAUCCCAAUGGAGAAAAAUGUUUCAGUAUCUGAGCCUUACAUUUAGUUUUACAUUUACUUAUUAUCUAAAAAGAUUGUAUGUUUUUUUUUCUAAUGUAGUCUUUUUUUUUUCUUGCUUACUGACAUAAUGCUUCAGUCAGAGCAGCUUCCAAACGCCAUCUGCUGUUUCAUUGUUGUAUUACAUCUCUGUUACUUGCCUGACUUUAAUUAAAACGAAUUUUACUGA